GUUUUGAUGUCCGUUACAGUUCACUUCCACAAAAGAAACCAGAAAGUGUUUCUUUCGCUUCUUCUUCUAAACAAAACUCAGGGUUUACGAAGAGGAAUCUGUCUUGGGUCAGAAGAAAAGGGUGCAGAUGAGGUUUAAGGAAUUGGAGUCGGAGAAGUUAGUGUUGGAAGAAGAGAUGAGGAAACUGAAAGAGUCUGAUGAAGAUUCGUUAGUUGAGCAGAUGAUGGUGAACAAAGCGUUGGAGGUUGAGAAACAGGUUGCUGAGAACAAGGCCGAGGAAUGGAAGAUCAAGUUUGAGAAACUCGCGGAGGCGGUUAGGAAGCUAGAUGAACUCGGUGCGUUUAGGGUCGGAGAAUUGGAGUUAGAUGAGGAUGUGAAGGUAGGGUUGGAGUUAGCUGAUGUAGGAAAGAAAAAGAUCGAGUCUUUGUGUAGGGAAGGGUUAGUUAAUCAUCAGGUUUCAGGUUGUUCGCCUUGUGUUACCACACCGGUUAAAGACUGUAGUAUGUCAGGGAGAAACAGAGAUGAUGUGUCUUCUCGUAGACGGGUUAAUAUGAUGUUGGUGUUUGAAGGUGAUGGUUGCAAAUCCACCCAUGUAGUUGAUUUAUCUGAUAGUGAAACGGAGGAGGGAAAUGAUCGUGAGGAGGAAUGUGAAGAUGAAGAUGUGGGAGCUUGUGAGGUUGACACAAACAUUUGUCGUAAGAGGAAACGGGUUAUUACGAGUGAUUCAGAGAACGAUGAUGAUGAUGAUAACAUACCCAUUGCAACACUCAAGAACCUGAAACCACCACCACAGAGCACAGGAGAGAAUGUUUCUGGAGGGAUGAGGAAGCAGCGUCGAGUGUCGUCAAGGCUGAGAAAACAGAAAGAGAUCUCUACUUCAAGUGAAUGUAAUCCAACAGAGAGACUUGUGGGAAUCCCGACAACUGGUAAUGCUCACGAUGAUGAUGAUACGGAAGAAGAGUCAGAGCAGGAGAGCGAGAGCGAUAGUUUGAAUGGGUUUAUAGUUGAUGAUGAGACUGCAAGCGAGGAGGGAGCUGAAGGUGCCGUACCGGAGGAGGAGGGAUCUGAUGGAGAAACCGGAUACGCUGACGUCAUCGCAAGACUGAGGAGGGACAAGAAACCCGGGGAACAUAAAUGGAACCUCGAGGGAGAGAUGCUGGCAGCGUUCGGGAAAGACCCCGAGCUUUGUAUGAGAGCGGUUUGCGUUCUGUACAGGUUUCAAACCGAAGGCGAGAAGGCAACACGAUCAAGUCACGUCGCUAACGGUCGCGGUUUCAGCAUGGCUGACGCCGACAGGGGCACUCGCAUAGGGCAGUUUCUGACGGAUGGAGAUCCCGAGGGUGAUUUGAAGAAAUCGGUUGAGGAGUUGCGGAGUUUCGAGUUUAACGCGGUUGAGAUUUGUAGUGCUUUAGCAAGACAUUACUCGAAGCAGCUGUUCGAGAUCUAUAACAACAGAGAAGAUCUAUUCUUCGCUGCUCCUCCAUCUCCAUGAGUUUUGGUGAGCAUGUUCGUUAUGGUGGUAUAAUAACGCGGAAGCUAGCUCUUAAGGUUUUGGUUUUCUUGUAAAUUUUAAACCGGUUUGAGAUGAGAACCAGAGAUUAAUCUAAUGUAAUUACUAAUUAGAGACUGAAUUCGCUUUUUAUGUAAAUGGAAGG